AUGUCCCUGCACCUGCACUCCUCACACUUUAAACCCCCAACACCAACACCACCAACGCCCAUCCCCCUCCACCACGAAAUCCACGGCUCAGGCCCCCUCCUCCUCCUCAUCCCAGGCGGCCACGGCACAUCCCUCCUCUUCAGCUCGCUCGCAAAACACCUCGCCUCGCACUUCCGCGUCGUAACCUACGACCGACGCGGGUACCACCGCAGUUCCUCCCUGCCGCAUCCACAGCCAGGCACGGCAAUCGCGACGCACGCAGCCGACCUCGCAGCAUUAAUCCGCCACGUCCGCGCCACCCCAACCGAGAAAGCAAUCGUCUUUGGCUCCUCAUGGGCGGGAUACAUCGCCAUAACACUCCUAGCAUCGUCCCCCUCUCUCGUCUCCAGAGUCCUAGUCCACGAACCCGUCUUUCUCUCCGUCCUCCCGGACAAAACCCAAUCUUCUCUGAGAUGUCAAAUUCAGGGGAUGCUGGAGACAUAUAAAGAACGUGGCACGGCCGCCGCAAACCGCCUGCUCAUGCCGGCUCUCAGCAGCGCGGGCGACAGGGAAGAGUUUGUGAAGAGCGACGCGUACGCGGGCGUCGCGACGCAGCCGCAUUGUUUUGGGGCGUGGUUUGAGACGGAGUUUGGCGAGGCGUUGACGUUCAGAGUGCCGCUGGAUGGAUUGGCAAGGGCGGAUUGUGGUGCGAAGUUGGUUUUGCUGAGGGGGGAUGAUGCGGAUGCGCCGGUGUUCUCGACUAGUCCGGUGGUGAGGCUUUCGGGUCUUCUUGGGAUUCCGUGUGGGAUUGUGCCUGGGGGGCAUAUGGGGUAUGUUACGAGGCAGAAGGACUUUGCGGAUGCGCUUACGGGGAUAUUAGAGGGUGCGAACGAGAAACAGGCGGGUGCUGGGACUGUUGUAACAGCUAGACUCUAG